UAAAAAUUGUGGAAAAAUUUACAAAAAAUUACAUCUUACAUGCUACUACAGAAAUCCAUUAAACAUGGGUUAUUUUCGACUGCAUAUUCCUUUCUGAAUCUUUCAUUUACGUCCAUUUUGUUAAAAUGCUAACAGUAUAAACUAAACAAUAAUAAAAAUAAAAUUUAAAAACCAAAAUGACUGAUGUAUGAACAUCUGGUCAAUAAGGUGCCUUAGCAACGGUUGUUUACUAGAUUUUUAUCCGUGUAGUGCUAAAUUGGAGAUUCUUUCAUAAUGAACCCUCCUGGGCUAUCUUGUCCUCAUACAUCGAAGACUAGCUCCAUGAAUAUUCUCAGGGACGAUAGCAAUUAUGAAACGGACUAUACUACGACGACAAAAGAACACUUUGGGCCUCCAGUUUUUCCAAACGUACCACGAGCGAGGAGAAGGGAGAUUCUCCGUGAUUUCUUCAUGCGCGAAGUUGCCGAGCAAGUUUUCAACGAAGUCGAAAAAGAGGAGGAAUCGUCAAUGGCGGCUUGCAAAUCUGACUACAAAGAUGAGUACACCGUUGAAGGGUUUGUUAUAAAAAACCCUUUGGACAUGGUGGACACUGAAAUGUUUGUUAAGUAUCCGCUUUAUUCUGACAUGGCUCAGACCAUUUACUGGAGCAGGCUGGACCGAAUAAAAGGCAAGGCAGUCAGCUCAAACCCAAUGGCUGCUUUUAGAAAGACGUCUCAUUUCGCAAAACAAUGGUAUGACGAAUUGGAAUAAACAUCUCAAAUUAAAUACAAAUAAAAAUACAAAUGGUUAUUUAAUUUAAAAUUCUUAA